AUGCGCGGGCCGAACAUGUCGCAGCCCUUCCUGCUGGCGCCCAUCGCGGAGUGCGCGCCGGGGCCGCCGCGCGCCGAGCUGCGCCUGGCCGUGCUGGGCGCCCGCGGCGUCGGCAAGAGCGCGCUCAUCGUGCGCUUCCUGACCAAGCGCUUCAUCGGCGACUACGAGCCCAACGCAGGGAAGCUCUACUGCCGGCUGGUGCACCUGGAAGGGGAGCAAGUCGCCGUGCAGAUCCAGGACACGCCAGGCUGUGCACAGGUGCAGGAGGACCCCGUGCAGGUGCUGGAUGCUCUGUCCAGGUGUGCGAGGUGGGCRGAAGGCUUCCUCUUGGUCUACUCCAUCACAGACUACAGCAGCUAUGAGUCGAUUCGGCCUCUCUAUCAGCACAUCCGCAAGGUCCAUCCGGACACGAGGACUCCCAUCAUUAUAGUGGGGAACAAAGCAGACCUUCUCCAUGCCAGGCAAGUGCAGACCAAAGACGGGCUGCAGCUGGCAAACGAACUGGGCAGCCUGUUCUUAGAAAUUUCCACGAGUGAGAACUCCCACGGCGUCUGCGAUGUUUUCCAGUAUCUUUGCAAGGAGGUCAGCAAGAUGCACCACGGCAGCAGUGCGGACAARAGGCGGUCGUCCAUCAUCCCUCGGCCCAAAUCGCCCAACAUGCAAGAUCUAAAAAGACGGUUCAAACAGGCUUUAUCUCCCAAGGUCAAAUAAACCCCACCGAGGGGUCAAAUGUGACUUAGCAGACUUCUUAUUUUUGUAAACUAGUUAAUAAAAAUCUCUAUUUUUGUACUAAUA